AUGGGUAAUCGAGUUGUCCUAUCAAAUGCAACAACGGUGCAGAAAAAUCGUUUAAAGCGUUCUUGGGCUGAUGAAUUAUUGAAUACUUUUGGACAAGUAGCAUGCUAUGAAACGUCUAUUCCAGGAAUGGAUCAUUUAACACAAUUCGUUGUUGAAGUGAACUCAUAUGAUGACUUAUUUGACCUUGACUAUCUGAAAACGCUAUGUUCAUUACAUAUCUCACUCAGCGAUCAGUUACAAUUAUUUGCCAAUAUGACACCAUACAGGAAUAUUUGGAGCUUAUCGAAUUAUUUAUCAUGCCUAUCACCUAAUCUUCUGACCAAUUGUUCAUUCCUUACUGAAAAUGAUGUACAGUCUGGUCGUGCUAUCAUUGACUAUUGUCGAUCAUAUCGUCGUGAAAUUAUCAAUUGUCGUCGUGAUUGUUACUUGGAUUGUCCACAAUGCUCAAAUGUUCCCGAUAAUUGUUCAACUCAAAUGAUCUUUGAUUUAUUCUAUCGAAUUUUACCAAAAAAUUUAAACACAAAACCAAUUUAUAUCAAUGGUUUCUUGCCAAUUUUUACAUCAUCCGGUUAUCGAUCACAGGGUUUAUAUUAUGAAACAACCAUACAGCAUUAUCUGAAUUUACAAAAUGCCUUCAGGGAUUUUUCAAUGAAACAUCGAAAAUUUAUCCUAAAAGGUUUAUCGAUGGAUAUCAAACGUGACCUUCUCUAUGACGGUGCCAAACGUGAUUCUCUUCUUGCUUUUGGUGCAGCAUUUUCCGUAUUCUUAAUCGUCUUCUUAUAUUCGCUGAAUAUUUUUUAUUGUAUAAUGGUUGCUUUUGUAUUAAUUGCAUCAGUUCUAAGCUCUUUAGCGGUGUAUUCACUAUUUACGGUCGAUUUUCCGCUUCUGAAUUUGAUCAUCUUUGUCCUGCUACUAGCAAUUGGCUCAGAUGAUGCAUUCGUAUUACUGAAUUCAUUUCCGGUUGAUGUAACAUCACAUGGUAUUUAUCAAUGCUUAUCACAUACUGCUAGCGCUAUGCUAUUAACUUCUUCAUCAACAGCUGUACCAUUUUUUACAAAUAUUUUUAGCAAUGUUAUUGUCUUCCGAUGUUUUGGUUUAUUUGCUGGUAUCACAUUAAUAUUCAACUAUCUGCUAGAAAUAUCACUUCUUCCGGCUAUGCUCAUAUUCCAGGAUCGUUACAUUCAACGUUGCAUAACAUGGCGUAUAUUUUCUAAAUUAAACUAUUUAAUGCAUGAUUUACUACCAAUUGUUAUCAUAUCGGGUCGUUAUAUUUGGAUCUCAUUAUUAACUGCUAUUGUUGCUGCUAUGACCUAUUUGACCUAUGCUAAUCUGCAAUUUCCACCUUACAAUCCGCUACAACUUUUUACCGAUUCUAAUGAACAUGAAUGGUAUGAUAGUAAUGCAGAGAAGAAUUUUGAAUUUGUUGCUAAUAAGCUUCAAAUUCCUGUUGCUGUACGAUUAAUGUGGGGUCUAACACGACGCGAUUCACAAAGUACCUUUCAGCCGGAUAAAUUAACUGCUAUACAGCAUGAUCCGAAAUUUUCACUUCAAAAUACAACCGAUAUACAAGCAUUAGCAUUGAAAUUACGCGGCUACAGGAAAUUAAAUUUUAUCAAACAUAAAAGCCAAUAUUGGCCAGAAAGAUAUCUGAUUUGGAGUCGUAAUUUUACCUGUGAACCAUCCAAAGUAUGUUGUAAUUUUGCUGAUGCAAAUUUUCACGAAAAUUUGACAGAUUACUGUAUUCGACUUUCAACAGCAUAUCUUUACACACAAUAUAAUGAUACACCAAUUUAUGAUAAUACUACUUUUAACUUAGUUGGUUAUACGGCAUUGAUACCAACACAACUCAAAUAUUCACAUCGAUUCACAAAUUUAUCUUAUUCUUUUAAUCUAUUUCGACACUCAUUUAGUAAUAUGAAUUAUGGUGGUUGGUAUACCACAGAGUGGACAUUAAUUUGUAUAUGGUACGAUUUAUUAAAUUCAAUAAUUACCGAUUGUCGUCAAUCAUUACUUGUAUCGUUAUUUGUUGUGGCAAUUUUUGCAUUUCUUCAUUUACGGCUUCAAUCACUAAUUGCAUUAGUAACAAUCUCUUGUAUUGUUAUUGUAACGGUUGGCUGUGUGACAACACUUGGAUGGGUGAUCGGUGUUCUCGAAGCAAUCAUUUUGGUUCUUGUUGUUGGCUUAUCAUUUGAUUUUACAUUACAUUAUGGUGUUUCCGUACCAAAUAUUGGUUGUGGUAAGCAUCGUGUUUGGCUGGCAGCUCGUAAUUCAGUAAUUCCGGUCAGUUUAUCGGCUCUGUCAUCGUUUACCGCCGGUAUCUCAAUGUUAAUUGCCGAAACACAUGCUUUCCAUCAAGUUGGUGUGUUUUUGGUAACAUUAGCCAGUGUUAGUUGGCUUUUUGCGACAUUCUUCUUUCUACCACUUCUAUCCUUCACAUUACAAUCAAACGUCAAUUGUGCACUGUGUCGAGAAGAUUCCGCCAUACAAAUCGAUCUACCAAUGAAAGAAAAGUCAACUUUUAUGUAA